AUGUCCGUUUCCAAGAUUGCUUUCGUUUUAAGUGCCAUUGCCUCUUUGGCCGUCGCUGACACCAGCGCCGCCGAAACUGCUGAAUUGCAAGCUAUUAUCGGUGACAUCAACUCUCAUCUUUCUGACUACUUGGGUCUAGAAACUGGCAACAGUGGAUUCCAAAUUCCAUCUGAUGUCUUGAGUGUGUAUCAACAAGUCAUGACUUACACCGAUGACGCUUACACUACCUUGUUUAGUGAAUUGGACUUUGAUGCUAUCACUAAGACAAUUGUUAAAUUGCCAUGGUACACCACAAGAUUGAGUUCUGAAAUCGCUGCUGCUCUUGCCUCCGUUUCCCCAGCUUCUUCCGAGGCUGCAUCUUCUUCCGAGGCUGCAUCUUCUUCCAAGGCUGCAUCUUCUUCCGAAGCUACAUCCUCUGCCGCUCCAUCCUCUUCUGCUGCCCCAUCUUCUUCUGCUGCCCCAUCAUCAUCUGCCGAAUCAUCUUCUAAGGCCGUUUCUUCUUCUGUCGCUCCAACUACCUCUUCUGUCAGCACUUCUACAGUCGAAACUGCUUCCAAUGCCGGUCAAAGAGUCAAUGCAGGCGCUGCCUCUUUCGGUGCUGUUGUUGCAGGUGCAGCUGCUUUAUUGUUAUAA